CAUUACGUAAUUCAUCUUUGUUAGAUUAUGGAAAAGAGACGCACGAUAUUCGAACUGAUAUGAAUAAAUUAUACCAGUUCUGCACGUAUGUACAAAUUCAUCUCAAACAAGUGCUUGUAGUGCAAACUUGAUUUUGAGAGGGGUAAUGUGUGUCGCGCGCUAGUGUGACAUGUUGGUGAUAAACUUUACGUUUUAUUUUACCUAAUAGUAUUCGUAAUCGACUAGUUUCAUGUUUAAAAGUUCUUUAUUUUAUUUUCAAUAGAAUAUUUUUUUUAAUUUGUUAAUAAAUCUUUUGCAUUGUGUCGAUAAGUGGAAAUACGAUUAGUAGAAAUGCCACUGUUAUAACAAAAACAAUUUUCUAAUAAUGAAGUUUACGUCGAAUAAAACGCAUAACGGAUUUUUGACAAAUCGUCUGACCUUGGGCGCCCUGCGCAACAUUCGUGAAUCCAACCGAGCAAGAUUAUUGUUCUGUCGGGCUAGUCUCGACAUACCUAUCUACAUUCUACAGUGUGUAUGUAGAUAUUUAUUAAGUAGUAGAGUAGUUCAAAACCUACGAGUUUGGGGCUCGAAGAUGCCUUUAUUUGGCAAAAAAGAUUUUGGGAGGAAGUCCAAAAAAGAUGCAAAGGAUUCAGAGAAACAGCCAUCCAUCGAAGACAAGUAUGUCGUCAAAGAUCUGUUGGGUACAGGAGCGUUUUCCGAGGUACGUUUGAUAGAGAGCAAAGAAAACGGGCAGAUGUUCGCUUGUAAAAUUAUCGAUAAAAAGGCUCUCAAAGGCAAAGAAGAUUCACUAGAAAAUGAGAUUCGUGUCUUGAAAAGAUUUAGUGAACAAGCCAAAGGUGAGGGUGCCGAGAAAAAAAUGUUUUCUCAUCCGAAUAUUGUCCAGCUGCUCGAGACAUAUGAAGACAAAAAUAAAGUGUAUCUUGUGAUGGAGCUUGUCACGGGUGGAGAAUUGUUCGACAGAAUCGUUGAAAAAGGGUCUUACACCGAAAAAGAUGCGUCCAAUCUAAUUAGACAAGUAUUGGAAGCAGUGGAUUACAUGCACUCUCAAGGUGUAGUACACAGAGAUCUGAAACCAGAGAACUUACUGUAUUACAGUGCUGAUGAGGAUAGUAAGAUCAUGAUAAGUGAUUUUGGGCUGUCCAAGAUAGAGGACUCUGGCAUCAUGGCUACAGCAUGUGGUACACCUGGAUAUGUUGCUCCCGAGGUACUCGCACAGAAACCAUAUGGCAAGGCUGUAGAUGUGUGGAGUAUAGGAGUAAUAUCUUACAUUCUACUUUGUGGGUACCCUCCAUUCUAUGAUGAGAAUGAUGCUAACCUGUUCGCUCAGAUCUUGAAAGGUGACUUUGAAUUCGACUCCCCUUACUGGGAUGAUAUUAGUGAUUCAGCUAAAGAUUUCAUUCGGCAUUUAAUGUGUGUGGAUGUGGACAAGAGAUAUACUUGCAAACAAGCUUUGGACCACCCUUGGAUCUCUGGAAAUGCUGCCAGUAACAAGAACAUCCAUGGCACUGUUUCUGAACAGCUCAAGAAGAACUUUGCCAAGUCACGCUGGAAACAGGCAUACCAUGCUACUACGGUUAUCAGGCAAAUGAAAAAAAUGGCACUUAAUAGCAGCAGCAGCUCAAGUCGCAAUGCCAGCGGCUCAAGCAAACAAUAGCUGUAUUGUCUGACUGCCCACCUUCUGAUUGCCAUUGUUUCACUUGCCUAGAAGAAUAACUUAUAUAGUAGGUUUAUAACGAAAUGACAAAGUUCGACGCAAUCCUGUUGUUACAGCACCAUCGGGUGAAUGGCUUGUUAAAUUGGUAGAUAUCACAAUUAAUUGGUAUUCAUUGUCAAAACAGUUGCUAAGAAACGCGUACGAGAUUCGUGUCAUUGCUAUUAUUAUCGUGACGCCUUUAUGCUAUACAAUUGUUCUAUAAAUCAGCGCUUCUCAAAAGCUAUGUUCUUGGGAGCAGUGCUUAUAAAACGUAAUUGUAGGCAUAUUACAUAAUGAUUAAAAUCAACGAACUGUUUAUAAGACAUUAUGUCUAGUCAUUUAUCAUUUCUGCUUGCAUAAAGGUAUGUACCAUUUUAAUUGGGUAAAUAAUUAUUGUGGAUAAAUAUGGUAAUUGUAGUAAAAAGUAAAAAAUAUGGAGUUACACUACUAUGCUUACCUCUUCAACUCAUCGGAAUUCCUAUAAACAUUUCAUUACACAUGUAUCUCCUAUUUGAUACAUGUAUUUUCUCUUCAUGUCAAGUUAAACUUACUGUGACAAUGUCUAUCUGUAAUACUAUCUCUGUUGAACAUGAAUCUUUUUUUACGAAUUUUCUGAUUUAAUUUUUACUGCAUUUUGAAGCAAAUCAAUAUUAAUUAGGUAGGGUAAUAAAAUGUUCUCUUUAAAAGAUACUGACUUAAUAGUUAUUACUUAGGUAUGGUGAUACUGACAAAUCAUUUAAAAAUAAGGUCUGUUGCAAAUUCAUUAGAGUUACAAGUUAUAAAGUGACGAAUAUUUACAUUUAAAUGAUAAUGGUUGGAUAUGAUAAAGUAUAUUAGGCGAUGAGAAUGUUGUACCGCUUCUUACAUCCCACUUAUAUCCAUUUGAGUAUCUAUUUAGAUACUGGUUAACGGAAUUUGCUGUAGUGACAUCAUGUAUUGUGAUUAUUCUAUUUGACCCUUGAAGUAGUUGUUUUAAAGUUUGUUAAAUGAUCACCUAUGCUAUGCCUAGCGUAAGUUUUGUGAUUCUAAAGCUAAGUCCUAUAUAUCCACUGUCAUAUUCAAAUACCUGUUAAGUAGUGAAUUGUAAUAUCUUACCUAUACGCACUGUUGAAUUCAAUGUUGUUAUAUGAUACUCCGCGUUUAAAACGAUUAUAAAAUAGCUGUAUUUGCUAAAUUCAUCUCGUGACAUUACCUUGCUACAUGAUUUAUUCCAACAAAUAUUUUGCGCAACUCAACUUAUUGUUUUAUCGGUAAGAGUGAAAGAUCUGUACGCAAGACUGAAAUUGUAAAGUGAUAGCUAGUUUUUUUCAGUAAAUCCCUGUGUAGGUAAUAUCCGCAGCAUUUUCAAUGUUCCGUUGUUUGAGUAAAAUUUAAGGUAAAUAUAAAGACGAGUUAUGGAUUCGAUAAAACAUUGUUUCACGGUAGCGGUAGACUAGUGAAAAUGUUUAUUGGUAUAAACAACGUAAAAGGAUUUAUACAUUAUGAAUUACACGAAAUUUAUGUAACGCGUUAAAUGCCAGUUGAAAUUCAAAUUCGUGUUUAGUUAUGUACCUAGAGCUACCGCCUACACUGUUGACAGCUAAUCUAUGAAAAAGAGCGUAUCAUGUACAGAUUCGAUGAAUCUCAUUUUAUUUCUUUUAAAUAUUUUUUACUAAUGCAGCUUUUGCUAUGUAUGAAAUUAUUUAUGAAUCCAGUCUCUUUAAAAGAGCCUUGGUUGUAAGUCUUUCCCUGUCGCAUAAUAUAUUAACAUUCCGCAGAGAAUGAUUUUAUUUGGCAAUGAAGUAAAUAAUUUAAACUUGACAUUCCAUUUCUGCAGUAUAAUUUUAUACAAGAAAAUAUUAUUUUUAAUUCCUGACUUAUUUAUCUUUGAUUAUAAUUAUUUGAACAAACAGUGAGGAAAGAGCAUUUGUUUUUAUUAAUUUCAUUUAUUAGCAUUGAUGUACUUAUCUAUAUUUUGCAUCAAUUUUGUAUAAGUACUUAGUAGAUUAUCAUCAUGCCUAUUUGCAUAUUAUGUAUUCGCAAAGCUUAUACACAAAAUUAAAGAACAUUCCAAUUAGGAUUUUAUUUAGUUACUGUUUAAAUACGAAGCUACUUGUGUUCAUAAUUAUGAUUGUUUUAAUGUCUAUUUAUAUUGGGGUGGUAUGGGCGUCGAAGCAAGCUUUUUGUAAGUCAGAUUUUAAUUUUAUAAUAUGGUGUUUAUUAUUAUAUAUCUUCCGUCCAUAGCGUCCAUAGCUAACACUGGGAUUUUUCUUCAUAUCACAGCUUAUGGAAUUUGCUUGUUAAUCCGUGCCAUGGUGUUGUUGAUAUUUAAUGCUAUAUGAUAUGAACCAAUUUUUCAUUUACUUAUUAUGAAAAUUGGCCUAAUGAAUCUUAUAAGUCUGAUAAUGUGCGAGUUGUGUCUAUUUAAUGUUCCGUUCCAUAACACUUUAGAGAUAUUUAAUUGCUUUUAAAACAGAUUCAAUUAACGCCGUGGCGCGGGUAGGUACCGAAUGUAUGGUACAACAUAUACUUACAUUUUUGUCUCAGUACCAGAAAGGACAGGAAGGUAUUUUAUUUAGAAAUUAUUUUUGUGCAAUCGUUUUCAUUUUAAUGUAAAAAUGCUAUAAUUAUUUAUUUGGAACCAAAUAUUUGUUGAUCUGACUUGUUGGUAAUAAUUAGGCGACGCGCCUCCUUAGUAGGCGAGAGCCAAUGGAAGCGCGUCAUUCGUUAAUGUUUUCGAUCUAUUGUCAUAAUAAAUCAUCGCUUGAUUGUUAAGCAUGCACUGCUUUAAAGUUUUUAAUAAUUGUAAGUGUAGUAAUGUUCAAUAAAUAAUUGUCUAAAUGCGCCUUAAUAUCUGUGUAAUUUUACUAGUUCUGUCAGUGCUCCUUGUAUUUACUAUAGUUUAAGUAAUAAGAGUACUAUUAUAGGUUUCAUAAUACUUUUUAGAAACUGUUACAUUUCAUUUAAACUCUUAACGUCCUAUACCUAAUUUUAUGUAACUCCUUUGUGUAUGUUUUAUCAAAUGUUGGUAUACUAUGUAAACGUGUUCUUAUUGAGGAUUUUUGUAGUCAUGUAUUUUAUGGAUUGACAUACGGGCGUAGAUCCCAUUAUAAUCUCUUAAUAUUAUAAUAAUAUUCGUUUUAACUUUUUAACCAUUUUGUGUCAAUGGCUACCUAUACAUGUGCCAUGUCUCUAUCAAGUGUAUGUUAUUACUUAUUUAUAAAUUGUGAUCGAUUUUAUAAUUUAAUUUCCGUAUGUAAUGUAAUGUUUUGUUUAACUGCGCACAAUGUUUUAAGUAAGAGAUAUUUUUAAAGCUAAUUAUUGUUUAUGUAAACAAAACCGAAACCGGGGUUAGAACAUCUAAUUUGAUUUCCGUUCCUUUUUCUGCACAAACAUUACCACUAGACGUUUGUUUACCACAGAUAACCGAAUAAUAGUAGAUACGCUAACGUGAUCUUGCCAUUGUUACACACUUAGCAGUAUACACGACAUAUGUUUGCUCUCUAGUUUUUUUUCAUUAUGUUGUUAGUUGAGUUUUCACUGUGCCAAAACCAUAUCAUGAUCAGUGAUAAAUAUUAUACUUAACAUACUAUAAGAUUUAUUGUUUGUUAGACACUUUUAAAUCGACUUUUAUCGCAAUAGAUAGCAGACUGCAGUGCUGAGCGAGAUAAAUACAAGUUCCUUGUCAUUUGAAUACUAAUUAUUUUUUUCUUUAUUCAUUAACGUAAUAUGUUUAGUCUAAGAGUAAUCUAUAACAUAUUUACUAUUUUUCGAAGGUUAUUAACUAUGUAUAUGUUUUGAAUAAACAUACACGUUUUAGUUUCUAUAUUUAUCUAAUUAAGCACAAUAGUCUAAGGGCUGGGGGGAAAAUCAACAAGUUUAUUUUAUUCGAUAGGUAUAUGCAUUGUUUCUGUUCUAUCUAUUGUUUGGGUUGUGAAAUUGUUUUCUUUUUUCAAAGUCUUCUUAACAGACAUUUCAUCGGGAAAGUUGUAAUAACUUGUGACUAAGAUCUGAUUAAUGUUGAAAAAUCUUGUGAUUUAGAUUUUAUACUUCUUGUUUAAAACAAUCAAAAUUUAUUAGUAGAUUCUUAGAUGUUAGCUAUAUUUUCAAUGUCAUUGUAAAUAAAAUGCCAACUUGUUGAGACAUUCGUUUCAUUGCCUUGCAACAAAUCACCGAUAUUUAUUAUAAUUUAAUUAUUUUUAACAUUUACUAUAUAUUACAAUAUACAUAAUGAAUAUAAUAUCAGAUGUGACGGGAAUGUCUACUGUAUCUCCUCGCCGAGAAGUGACAGUUGUUUUAAGAAUUGAGAAGCGUUCGGGAGGGUAGUCGCGCCGUAGAUGAUUUUCCUGGAAGUCCCGCUCGUUGCUUGUUGCUAGAAUUAUAAAGACACGUUAAAAGUUAUCAUAAUAUAAUCGUAAGUACAUAUGAGUAGGUGAUCUGGAAUUGGGCGACAAACGAUUAGAUGGGAUCAGCUGAUGAUUUGAUAGUAGUCAUAGCACUGACAUUUUCAUUGUCGUUGGAACCAGUUUUGAAGCUUUACUAAAUAAAUAGCUUAUGUGGAUGAGUGAGUCUAAGUCAUAAGUCAUUAGCUCAAUCGCAUCUAAUCUCGUGGAGGGAAGGAAAAAAAUAUUACCAGACUGUAAAUUUUUUUGUACAGAGCUAAAUUAUGGCUAUUUAUUGGUCUGGGAACCGACAUACUUUUAUUGUUCAAUGACUACGUACCUUAGUGAAAUCAAUAAGGUUGUGGUACUCGAUGUAAUUGCCACCGCCUACAAGGAAGACGACAGCGUCGGUGGGGGGCGAAUGUUUGGCGGAGCGCGCUCUGGCGGCGGCGUCAGUGCGCGCGGCGCGGGGAUCCAGCCAUAGAAGUUCCCCGGCACCUUCGCCGCUACCCGCGCCACUGAGUGCCGCCUCCACCGUACGGCUUACUGGUAGCUUCUAUAGAUAUAAAUAAGAACAUGAUUUAUAUUAAUAUAUUAGUCUUCAAACAGUUUGUCGUCAGUAAAAAUUGUUCUGUACAAAUUUCUAAUAAUAAAUCUCAACUUUUUAUCUCGGUUCUGAUUUCUUUGACGUCCCAGGCUGUAUUUUUCAACUAAAUAAUUAUUUAACUCACGUGUUUCUUCACGACCAAGUUUUUGACUCCUUCCAUUACAAAUGAAGAGCCUUGGGACACGAGUUUGGAGAACAUGGAUACAGUCUUGGUGCCGCCUCCUUCAUAUUGACUAGACAUCUUCGUGAAACCUC